AGCAAUGGCAAGAACCAAGCAGACCGCUCGUAAAUCUACUGGAGGCAAAGCCCCAAGGAAGCAGCUCGCUACUAAAGCCGCCCGUAAGAGCGCCCCGGCCACCGGUGGAGUGAAGAAGCCUCAUCGUUACAGGCCCGGCACCGUGGCUCUGAGAGAGAUCCGCCGUUAUCAGAAAUCAACCGAGCUGCUGAUCCGUAAACUUCCCUUCCAGCGUCUGGUGAGAGAAAUCGCUCAGGAUUUCAAGACGGAUCUGCGCUUCCAGAGCUCUGCUGUCAUGGCCCUGCAGGAGUCCAGUGAGGCUUACUUGGUCGGUCUGUUCGAGGACACCAACCUGUGCGCCAUCCACGCCAAGAGGGUCACCAUCAUGCCCAAAGACAUCCAGCUGGCCCGCCGUAUUCGCGGAGAGCGCGCCUAG